AUGCCCCAAGGCCACAGGACAAGGCUGUCCCACCCCUCCAGAACCAACAUAAAAGCCAGCCAAGUACCUCUGUCCCUCACACACUUCUCCUCACGCCUCUCUCUUCCAGGGACCCUCCACACCACACCCAUGGCCUGCAACAACCUCUGCCAACCCUGCGGACCCACCCCGCUGGCCAACAGCUGCAACGAGCCCUGUGCCCUGCAAUGCCAGAACUCCAGCGUCAUCAUCAACCCCUCCCCUGUGCUGGUCACCCUGCCUGGACCCAUCAUGACCUCCUUCCCCCAGAACACCGUCGUCGGAUCCACCUCCUCAGCUGCUGUUGGCAGUGAACUCAAUGCCCAGGGACAGCCCAUCUCUGGUGGAUUUGGCUUCGGCCUUGGCUACGGGCUGGGAGGCCUGGGCUGCUAUGGCAGAAGGGGCGGCUACAUCUGCUAA